CCAAAAACCUUCGAUUCAGCCAUUGAAACAGCCUUUAGAAGAGUUCGAAAGAUGAGCCAAGCUGAGAUUGAAGAAGAUAUGGAAGGAGAUCGCAUCUCAUCGAACGAUUACUACUUCGAGAGAAUCGGCGAACCUAUCAGUAUCAAAGAGGAUGAUGCUCAAUACGAUCUCGAAAACCCUCCGUCACAGCCUCUCGCUAUCUCAGAACGCCACGGCGUCGUCUUUGUCGCCCAUUCCUCCGGGUUUUUUGUUGGGAGGACUAAGGAUGUAAUUUCUGCCUCGAAGAACAGUAACGGGAACGGUGAUAAGGUUUAUAUCCAGGAUUUGAGCCUCGUUGAUGUUCCUGUUGGGGACGUUCGUAUAUUGUCUCUCUCGGCGGAUGAUUCGAUUCUCGCUGUCACCGUUGCUGCUGAUAUUCAUUUCUUCUCUGUGGAUUCACUUCUUAAGAAGGAUGCAAAACCUUCUUUUUCUUAUUCACCUGAUGAGUCAGGCUUUGUUAAGGAUUUUCGGUGGAUAAGGAAAGAUAAGCAUUCUUAUCUUGUUCUUUCGAAUACUGGGAAGCUCUUUCAUGGAAUUGACAAUGCACCCCCUAGACAUGUUAUGGAUGCUGUUGACGCCGUUGAAUGGAGUUCAAAAGGGAGUUAUAUCGCUGUGGCUCAAGAUAACAGCCUGCGGAUUUUGUCGUCAAAAUUUAACGAGAAGCGGUGCAUAGCACUAUCAUUUGACGCCUGGAUUGGUGAUUCCGAUGAAGACUGUUCAGUGAAAGUUGAUUCUAUCAGAUGGGUACGCAACAACUGUAUCCUUCUCGGAUGCUUUCAGCUGAUUGAUGGCAGGGAAGAAAAUUACCUUGUUCAGGUUAUUAGGAGUCCAGAUGGGAAGAUUUCUGAUGGUUCAUCCAAUCUGGUUGCUUUAUCCUUCUCCGAUUUGUUUCCAUGUUCUAUGGAUGAUAUUGUUCCGGUUGGUGUUGGACCUCAUUUGCUCUUUAGCUACAUAGACCAAUGCAAACUGGCGGUCACAGCAAACAGAAAGAGCAUAGAUGAGCAUAUUGUUUUGCUGGAUUGGUCACCUGGUGAUAAUAAAACUGCAGUUUCCGUUGUUGAUAUUGAACGAGAGACCUUUUUGCCAAGGAUUGGGCUCCAAGAAAAUGGCGAUGACAAUACGAUCAUGGGACUCUGUAUCGAUAGGGUUUCUGUUGCAGGGACUGUUAAUGUCCGUUCCGGAAAUGAUGAACUUAAAGAACUCCCGCCAUAUUUUGUUCUUGUGUGCCUCACUUUGGAAGGAAAGCUGGUCAUGUUUAAUGUUGCUAGUGUUGCAGGACCCCCAGCUUCAUCUGAUGCUGAUUUGGCCUCUUCUUCUGAUGUAGAAGAUGCUUAUACCCCUUUGAUUGAAGAUGACCUUUCUAAACAAUCUUCUGAAGAGCCUGAAGAACAUCAACAGUUGAAUGUUUCAGUACAAAAUGAACAGAAACACCUCAACGCAGAGAAGUUCUCUACUGAACAAAGGUUCCCAAAUGAAAACAUUUUUAGUAAGGAAUUUGAGUCUGUAAAAAGUUCAGUGUCUGAAGACAACAAGAAGAAGCAAGAACCAUAUGCUGAAAAACCGUUACAAGUAGAAGAUGGUCAACAAAGCAUGAUUCCUAGGCAGUUCGGAACAAGUUUUGGGCAAUCACCUGUGUCCUUAGGAUAUGACACCAACAAAUUUUCGGGUUUCGGUCCUGCCCUCUCUGUUUCCGAUAAGCUUCAGAAAGAUGUAUCUGCGCAGUCCAAGUCUAUGCAUUUGCAGGCCAAUGUUGAGUCAAAGAGUACACCAGCUUUAUUUGGAUCUCCUGGCCUGCAGAACGCAAUUUUUCAGUCACCGCAAAAUACGUCAUCUCAGCCAUGGUCAAGUGGGAAAGGCGUCUCACCUCCAGAUUUUGUAUCUGGUCCCUUUCCUUCUGUGAAAGAUACUCACCAUAAGCAAUCUGUACAGUCUGGAACUGGUUAUGUGAAUCCUCCUAUGAGCACUAAAGAGAAACCUGUACAAGUUGUUGAGACUGGUAGAGCAUCAGCUCUGAGCAAUUUAAGUCCUCCGCUGGGCCAAAAUUGGGACGCUAAUGAAGGGGUGGAGAAAAUUGAGCCAAUACCUUCUAUCUGUGCCUCUCAAUUGUCACAACAGGUGAAAUCUUCCUUCGAAAAAUCGGCUAGUCAUCAGCAACACAAAACCCCGCCCAGUGCUGGACCUCUGAGACUUGAGCAUAACAUGUCAAAGCAACCCAGUAAUAUAAAUGAGAUGGCCAGAGAAAUGGAUACACUUUUACAGUCUAUUGAAGGACCGGGUGGUUUCAAGGAUUCUUGCGCAGUUUUACUGAAAAGCCAUGUUGAAGAACUGGAGCAAGGACUUGAAAGUCUUGCUGGCAAGUGCCAAACGUGGAAGAGCACAAUUCACGAGCAGCAAGCAGAGAUCCAACAUCUUCUUGACAAAACAAUUCAAGUCUUGGCAAAAAAGACAUACAUGGAAGGUAUGUAUAAGCAAACUGCUGAUAACCAGUACUGGCAACUUUGGAACCGCCAGAAGUUGAAUCCUGAGCUUGAGGCCAAGCGGCAGCAUAUUAUGAAACUAAACAAGGAUUUGACUCAUCAACUGAUUGAACUAGAGAGAUAUUUUAAUCGGCUUGAACUCGAUCGCUACCAUGAGGAUGGUGGACAACCUGUGGCACGAAGAGGUUUGCCAAAUAGGUCUGCUCCUUCAAGACGUGUGCAAUCCCUUCACAGCCUUCAUAACACAAUGAGUUCCCAAUUGGCAGCUUCUGAGCAACUCUCUGAGUGUCUCUCAAAACAAAUGACAUAUUUGAAAAUCGAUUCACCUGUAAAAAAGAAUGUGAAGCAGGAGUUGUUUGAGACAAUUGGGAUCCCUUACGAUGCUUCUUUCAGCUCACCAGAUGCGGUAAAAGCUAAAAAUGCAUCUUCAGCAAAAAACCUAUUACUGUCUUCUAUUCCCGCAAGUAUAAAUGCACAGUCAAGACAACGUCAGUCAUCUGCUAUGAAAAAUUCUGACCCUGAAACUGCCAGGAGGAGAAGAGAAUCACUAGACAGGAAUUGGGCUGCUUUUGAGCCUCCAAAAACAACUGUCAAAAGGAUGCUUCUGCAGGAGCAACAGAAGACGGGUAUGAACCAACAGACUGUCUUUAGUGAGAGACUACGGUCUGUGAAUAAUACACAAGAGCGAUCACUGCUUCGCCUGAAAAAUCAUGCAUCACCUGUAGUCUCCUCAAAUAAGGGUAUUAUGGAAUCAUUCCAACAAGACACAUCUGAAGCUCAAUCAACCCCAUUCAAAACGAGGCCACCUAUGCCCCAAUCUAACAGUCCCUUUACCAUCUCUCCAAUCGCUGCCUCAAAACCAAGUUUCAAUUGGUCUGGAAAUAAGUCUAGCAGUACAACUUCUUAUGCUGAGGAGUCUGCCCCGUCGCAAAAUAAGGAUACAAGGACAGUUUCACAGCCCGGAGGAUCAAAUUUUCUUCUGAAACGACCAGUGGCCUCGACUGUAUUUGAACAGACAGAAAAGAAGGCUGGAGAAUUCAAAUUUUCUGAAGCUAAGGCCAAUGCUUUUGUUGAAACAGCUGCUGGAAGUGUGCAGCGGCUUUCUACCACAUCAUCAGGAUCUGAUUUUGAAUCUAGCAAAGGUUUUGGCGCUCAACUUUCACCCAUGUCUUCUGGUGGACCAGCGUCUAGUUUCCCUUCCAAAUCAUUGUUUGGUUUCAAAACCAGUAACAGUAUCUCUAGUGAUAAAGUUACUGUUCCUGCUGUAAUGGUAUCGGUUUCUUCUUCACCUUUGUCUAGCAAGCCGUUUGAUUCCACUUCCACUUUAUCUACACCAUCAUCACCUCCAGUGUCAUCCUCUACACAAGAUUCAGCAUCUAUUCCCAUUAGCUCAGGACCAGUCCCACAAACGUUUUCAGUCACAUCUACAUCUACAAUUUCAGCUACGGGGUUCAAUGUUCCAUUUGGUAAACCGUUGACCAGUGCCAAUGUAGAUCUCAAUCAAGCAGCUCCGUCAACACCUUCUCCAUCACCUGGUCCCACAACUGGUUUCUCUUUUAAUUUACCAGCUUUGUCUCCAUCAUCCCCUGAAAUGGUCUCAUCCUCAAAAGGCCAAUCUUCAUUUCCAUCAUCUUCUCCAGCAUCGCAAGUGUCAUCUGAUCAGGCCUCUGCAACCAGUUCCCUAACAGAUAGUAGUCGUUUGUUCUCAUCAACUUCCUUAUCUUCGACUCCCCCUAUUACGACAACCCCUCCUGAUGCAUUUCAGUCUCCUCAAGUUUUCACCCCGUCCUCUGCUGUGCCCAUUACAGAGCCAGUCUCAGAACCUAAAAUCCCAGAGGUUCAAAGUUCGUCAAUUCUAAAUACGCAAAGUACUGUAGAUUCUGUAGCAAAUGCAACAAAAACACAGAAUGAGCCACUGCCGGUGAAAACUGAAUUUUCAAACCCAGAGACUACAGUAACCCCUGUCAGUUCAUCUGGGUUCCUGUCUGGAUUUUCAUCAGGAACACAAUCUAGUCUUGCAAGCAUGGCGGCUCCUUCAUUCAGUUGGACAGGUAGUUCUCAGCCACAACAGCUAUCGUCUACAUCUGUCCCUUUCCCUGCAUCCUCACCAACUUCGGCAAGUCCAUUUGGUGAGAAAAAAGAUACUGUAGAUACACAUGAAGAUGAAAUGGACGAAGAAGCUCCAGAGGCUAACCAGACAACUGAACUUAGUAUGGGAAGUUUUGGAGGUUUCGGGCUUGGGUCAACUCCAAACCCGGCUGCCCCCAAAGCAAAUCCAUUUGGUGGUCCCUUUGGUAAUGCUACAACAACAACAAGUAAUCCAUUCAAUAUGACAGUCCCGAGUGGCGAGCUAUUCAAACCUGCAUCGUUCAAUUUUCAAAAUCCUCAACCAUCUCAACCAGCGGGUUUUGGUUCGUUCUCUGUAACACCUUCUCAGACACCUGCUCAGAGCGGAUUUGGCCAACCAUCACAGAUUGGUGGGGGACAGCAAGCUCUAGGGUCGGUUCUCGGCUCCUUUGGGCAGUCGAGACAGAUUGGUGCUGGUCUCCCAGGAGCUACGUUUGGUUCUCCUACAGGAUUUGGUGGCUCUAACCCAGGAAGUGGUCUGCCAAAUGCACCAGCAUCCGGUGGUUUUGCUGCUGCUGGUUCUAGUGCCACUGGUGGCUUUGCUGCCAUGGCUUCAGCUGGUAGAGGCUUUGCUGGUGCUUCUUCUACUCCAACUGGUGGCUUCGCUGCCUUAGCCUCAGGUAGUGGAGGCUUUGCUGGUGCCGCUCCAGGAGGAGGCGGUGGAUUUGGUGGACUUGGUUCAGGCACCGGAGGUUUUGGAGGCUUUGCUCCUCAGGGUAGUGGAGGUUUCGGCGGAACAGGAGGAGGUGGUGGUUUUGGUGGUUUCGGCGGCCAAGCGCAAGGCCAAGCUGGUGGCGGUGGGUUCUCAGCCUUUGGCGGCAACUCCGGAGCAACAGGAAAGCCAUCGGAACUCUUCACCCAGAUGAGAAAAUGAAACCAGUAUUUUCAAAUAUCUUUUACUUAAGACUUUUGCACUCGUGUCUAGAAAUUUUGGUCUUACCUGCAUAGACCAUAGUCUAUAAUUCAAUAUCUAAAUAUAUUGUGUGUUUGUUAGUGUGCUCAUUAAAAUUAGAUUUAAGUC